UUGACAACAGAUUUGUUGAAAAAUGGAGUCGUAAUUUUAAAAUUUAAGUUGAAUAGUUUAAAUCACUGUCCUUAAUUGCAUUUAAAAUAUCAUCAUGUCUGCAAAGCAUUUGAUGCCAGAAGUCAAUGCUGCUGUAGAGAGACUUCUGGAGCUAGCUGAUCGCAUGAAGUAUGAAGAAUUUGGAUUUCUGGAUAAAGAUGUUGUCAAUAUAGACAAAGUGAUUGAUUCCAUGCAUGAGCUGGAAAAGGAAAGAAGAGGGGCUCAUGAUUUACUAGAAACAGAAACAAUACACGCCAGUAUUCUCAGACAUAAAUUACAGUUUCUACCACCAUCAAUUAAAUCUGAGAUAAAAGAAGCUGUGUAUUCAGCCAGACAGGACAAUGCUGAGGCUUUAGACAAUUUGAAAAAGAAGUUAGAAUCUAUAAAUAACAAUAUAAAAUAUCUAGAGGAGAGACAACAUGACUUAGAGGGUGAUUAUAGUACCUUACUGCCAGAAAGAAUUUCAGCAUCAAAGGAACAUGAAGAUAUCAUUCAAGAACUUAAUGAGAAAAUGGCAGAGAAAGCUGGACUUCAGAUUGUUCUUAAUGAAACAAGAGACCAAGUGAGACAGACAAACCAGAAUAUUGUAGAUUUAGAAGAUGGUAUUUUACAAUUGAAAGAAGAUUUAAUUCAUGAAAGAACAGAGGCUAGACAUGAGAAAAAGAAACUUAAACAACUUGUUUCAGACACAAAUUCAAAAACAAAAAUGCAGAAAGAAGAAAAUGUUGUUAUGAAAAAGGAAUUAGAUCUUAUUCAUGAAAAACUGGUAGACAAUGAAGGCCAACUAGAUGCUGUGAGAAAGAGUUUACAAACAUAUGAAGAUUCAAAGGCAAAGUUAGAAGCAGAAGAAAGACAAUUAAGUGACCAGUUAGCAAAUAAACUCAGACAAAAUGAAGCAUUGAGGAAAAAGGGUGUUGCAAUAAUUAAUGAAGAUAUGAAGUUACAAAAACAAUAUGAAGACACAGAAAGACUUUUACUGAAAAAGUUCAAAAAGCUUGAAACAGAAACACAAAGAGAAGAUGAUAGAAAUUAUGAGCUUGAAGGACAAAAGCUGGAAUUGCAUAGUGACCUUGAAGAAAAAAUGUUACAAAGACAGGAAGAUUAUGAGGAAGUCAAAGCUUUAGAUGGAGCUUUGCAAGAUCAAAAAAGAGAACUUGGUAUCAAAGCUGAACUAGUUGGUAAGAUGCAGGCAGAAAAUGUAGAAAUGGCUGACACAAUGGAAAGUCUAGCUGAAUCUCACAAGGCAGUUCUUGCACAACUUAAUCAACAGAUAGAAGAAUUCAGAGAGCAGCUAAAUAAAGAAAGGAAAGAGAGAUUGAAUGUACAGAACCAGAAAAACAAUGUAUCUAAAGACAUAGAAGAAAUGAAGAUGGAUAACCAUACCUUCCUUACACAGAUGAAUACUCAAAUACAGGAUGGAAAAGUUCAACAUCUAGAACUUACUAAUGAGGGAACAUCAUUACAAAAAGAACUCAAGGAAGAUGAAAAAGAAAUAACAGAUUUGGAGGGCAACUUGACAAAAGCUCAAGAUGACUACCAGAACAUGUUUGAUGCUAUGAAAUAUAAAGUUGCUAGAUAUGAGCAAGAGAUUGCAGAAAUGGAGCGUGCAAUUAUUGAUAGGAAGAACGAUAUUGAAGAGAAGACUCCAGCAUACGAAGAUCUAGAGAAGUUUUUUGAGAAUCGCACUAAUGAAUACGAUGUGCUAAAACGUAGCAUAGCUAAGAUGAGACAGAAAAAAUCUCAGUUAGAAGACAGCAUCCACAAAGAUACAAUGAAAAAACAACAAAUGACAGAACCAAGGGAGAAACUUAAAAAAGAUUUAAAAAAGAAAAGAGAUGAAGCCAUAUUUCAGCUUAAAAGACAUGGUGAAGAUCGACAGAAACUUGAAAAAGAUAUUUACAUUGCUGGUUGUAAAUUGAGAUCCGUCUUGGAGGAGAAUCAUAAAUUUGAGGAGGGGUGUGAUUAUUUAAGAAAGGAAAUAACAGAUAUUCAUCAACAGAUGAUUGACAACGAAAAGAUCAAGAAUAUGUUGGGCCUACAGUUACAAGAAUCUAAAGGUCAUUUAGUUGAGAGCUGGGAUGUGGAUAAUCAGAUCCAAGAGAACUUUGCUGAAAAGGACCAGGAAGUUCUGGCGUUAUUUGGUGAAAUUCUUGGUAGGACAGACGAGAGAAGGGACAAGAUCACAGAGAUAAGUUCCAGACUAGAAGAUGAGCUACUUAUGUUAGGUGGUUUCCUUGACAACUUGUCAACUCGUAGACCAAAAGGAAAGAAAAAAGUUACUUUAAAAGAUACUCCUGUAGGAAGCAGACAUCCACAUAACACAGGGUCAAGGUCAGUGAGUAGAACAAGUCGCCGUGACCCACUAGAUCAUCUCAGUAAGCGACCAGAGACAAGUGAAGGACGAUUUAGUGCAUUGGAAGCUCGUGCAGAUCAAGAAGAGCGUGAUUUAAUGGUUACACCUAAUGUUCAGGACAAAUAUUCUCGGCCACCUACAGUGGCUUCAGGGAAAGUUGUGACAAUAUCAGAUGUAAAAGAUAAUGAAGCGACAAAGUGAUAUAUUUGUUUGUUUGUUUGUUAUUUAUAUGAAAUAAAUUUGUUUAUAUUUUUACAAU